GACUGGGCCAAGGCUAGGCCCAACACCGCUUUCGGCCCAAUAAGCCUCAGAGGCCCAUGUAUAGUUCAUGGCCUUCCGACACGCCUUGCUCGGCACCAACACCGCGCUCGGCGUUCAUUCUCCCCCGGACAUCAUCCUUGCCGAGGACCCUGCUCCGCGCAGGGCUCCUUCAUAUCCAAUCCUCCGAAUAACUCGGAUCCCACGUGGCUCCUAAAAGACCGCGUCUUCCCUUGGACUUCGGAGCGGUUAACCAGGACAGAGGGCAUACACGCACCUCCGAUAUUUCCGCUCAGGAAACCUGGCAGUCUCCUAGUUGGGCUUGGGAAUCCAACCCAAUAGCGAGAUCAUGGCCCAGCGCUGGGGGCUAUAUAUACCCUCUUCAACUAGAGGGUCAGGUAUUCAAUUCUUACUCACUUUAGCUAGUACUUGCGCUCCUCUGCUCGUCAACUUACUUUGGCAUUGGAGUACCUUGCAGGUACACCCCCCCCUCCUCCUCCUUCCUAGAAGAUCCAGUCCGAGCAGCCUACGACGAUUCUUCUGAUCAGGUACGAUCAGUGGCGCCGUCUGUGGGAAACUUGCUUCCCCAUCUUUAAAGAACAAAGAUCAAAGCUAACCAUCACCAAUCGUCAUGGCUGACAACAACAACAUCCCAAGCUCUGACCCUUUCCUCCUUCAAGAGCUGAUCGAGGAAUCCUCCCGCGAGCUAGCUAAUCAUCGUCGGGGGAGUCGUCGGCGACAAAGCUCCGGGCAUGAAACCCAGGACACCCAGCUGCUGCAGGUCCUACAACAGGUCCAGAAUGUUGACCAUGUUCCUCCAGAAGGGCACGUUCAGAACGGCGAACCGAUCCGAACGACCAACGUGCCGGAACAUGCCCAGAAUGUGAAUGAAACCGACCCUCGCGACGGGCAACAUGCUUCCUCAUUCACCCACACCUCCGAGAGGCAGAGAGCCCGUCAUGGAGAAGAAGAGGAGCCGCUCAACAUUCCCGAAGGCACUGACCCCAUUACCGUCCGCUUGCUCAAGGAAAUACAACUGACCAACAGCCUCCUCAGAAUUCAGGAUGACCGAAUUCACGAGCUGGAAAGACAGCGGCGACGUCGCCCUUCCCCACGGAGGCGCUACAGGUCACGCUCCUAUUCCUCCUCGCGCUCACCGCCGAGAAGAUACCGUCGGCGUUCCCCGUCCUCUUCAAGGUCUCCCCCGAGAAGACAUCGCCGCCGGAGGACUCGUUCCCGUUCUCCACACAGAAAGAACAGGAAGAACCAGAAACCUGAAACCGCCGAACAAAGAAGCCCCUCCCCCGAACAGGGCCGUCGGGGUCCCUCCAAAGCAACGACGGGUAACAACCAAGAAGAUCCCCGACGAAACAGGCACUACGAUUCACCAGGGCCGAGCGACGAGGAGGACUUCCGCAGCCCCUUGUCCGCUAGUAUACGGAGAGCCCGCCUCCCUCGGGGGAUGGAAAAACCGCCAGCAUUGGACCAAUACGACGGAACCACUGACCCCGACGACCAUAUCCGGAGUAUCGAAGCGGUCAUGGACUAUCACGUCGUCAGAGGCUCGAUCAAGUGCCGCAUUUUCCCGACCACCCUCAGGAAGGGAGCGAUGAAUUGGUACAGGAACCUCCCUUCGAACUCCAUCCAUUCUUGGACCGAGCUCAAAGAACUCUUCUUGAGCCACUUCACAGCCUCCCGACGGCAACCGAAAUCGGAAGCCAAUCUCGAGGCCGUAGUCCAAGGACCCAACGAGCCUCUCCGAGAUUACCUUGAAAGAUUCAACAAGGAGGCCGUCCAAGUGCAGACAAAAGACUACAUGAAGAGGUACAUCUUGGAACGAGGACUUCUCCCCGGCAGUGACUUCAAGAAAGCUAUUAAGAUCGAGAAGGUAAACUCGAUGAAUGACCUCCUCAGCAAAGCAAAGGUAUUCAUCGAUUUUGAGGAAGGCGAGGCAGCCGCAAUCAGAGCCCCGAGGGGCAGUGGCGCCGCUCGCAGCUCAAACCUCGAAGACUCGGGGUCGCGCCGAGGACAAGACAAAAGAAGGGACGACCGGGCCCGAGAUGUCAAAGAACGGCGAGGACCAGCAGGGCGUUUCAACGACUACACUCCUUUGAACACCUCCCGGGAGAAAAUCCUGUCCGACUGCCAGAACGCCGAGUUCAAGAAAUCCAACAUCAGGCCCCCGAAGUCAAAUCCUACAAGACCGGGGACGGACAAGUCCAAAUACUGCAAGUACCACAAGAGUCACGGGCAUAUGACCGACGAAUGCGUACAUCUCAAAGAUGCCAUAGAGACCCUGAUCAAAGAGGGCCACCUGGCAAAAUACACCAAGAAGGGAGAACCCUCCAGAAGAGACAUCCCUCGAAACUCUGACGAGGGGAACUCACCAGACAGCAGACCGCUCCAAGUCGCGCUGUCCGUAACCCGACCGGAAGACUUCAUCCCUUCAGUCGGCGUGACGACCGCCCUCAGCACCUGGGAACAUUUCCCCACCGCAAUGGUCAUCUCCAACGGCGGCGACCCCGGCUCUCUCACCGUCAGUUCGGUCAAGAGAAAGUUCGACGAGCUACUCAGCGCCAAUGCAGAUCUCGGCCCUACUCUUCGGAAAUUCCGAGGAAAGUCAGAGCCAAUCACUUUCUAUCUCGAAGAACUGCCCGGCGGAGCUCCAAAUGCCACCAUUCCCCUUCUCGUCCGAGCCAGAAUGGCAAACUUCGAUGUGCGACGGGUCCUGGUAGAUGAAGGCAGUUCAGUCGACAUUAUGUACUCCCACCUCUUCCAAACACUGCAGCUGGACGACUCGCACCUCACUCCCUAUGUGGGUUCCGACCUCCAAGGUUUUAACGGAGCCACCACCAAACCAUGGGGCUACGUCGAGCUGAUUGUCACCUUCGGGGAAGGGGAAGCGUCCAGACAAGUCAAAACCAGGUUUCUGGUAAUCGACUGCAAAACAUUGUACAACUGCAUCAUCGGACGCCCAACACUGGCCGAGCUAACUGCCGUGCCCUCCACAGUCCAUCUGAAGAUGAAGUUCUACACGAGGACAGGGAAAGUGGCCACCAUCAACGCCGACAUUGAAGCUGCGAGAAGGAUCUUCGAUGCAUCCGUCAAAGGACUAGAGCUGAUCGCUCCUCCGACCAGCUCCAACAAGAAACCAAGAGCCGAAGAUAAGCGUCCUCGGGAAGAUCAGGUUCCAACGGCCAACGUCAGCUCAGUCGACCUCGAUGCAAGGUUCACACAAGAAGAACUGAAGACCGGGGAGGAAACACAAUCGAAUCCCGUCCGACCUGUUCCCGACGGAGACUUCGAGCUGAUCCCCCUGGGAGACAACCCCAACAGAGCAGUGAAGAUCGGCAAGGGUAUCCCUGACCUGCCGAGGAAGCAACUCAUAGCCUGCCUUCGAGCCAAUGCCGACCUGUUCGCCUGGAGCGCCGCAGAGAUGCCCGGACUCGACCCUGAGGUCGCCUGUCACCACCUCUCCAUCAAUCCAACCGCCAAGGCCGUAGUACAACGUAGGCGUCGGCAGUCUCCCGAGAAAGCAGAGGCUGCCGAGAAAGCUGUAAAAGACCUCCUAGAGGCAAGUUUUAUUUCCGAGGCCAAGUACUCAACUUGGCUCUCAAAUGUUGUACUUGUUAAAAAAUCUAAUGGAAAAUGGAGAAUGUGUGUUGAUUAUACUGAUGUUAACCGGGCAUGUCCAAAAGACGCCUACCCUUUACCUAAUAUUGAUAGACUGGUCGACAACUCGGCCGGCUAUAAACUGUUGUCCUUCAUGGACGCUUAUUCUGGUUACAACCAGAUUCCCAUGGCGAAAUGCGACAAGCAAUGCACGGCUUUCAUGACCGAAUCGGGCAAUUAUUACUACAACGUAAUGCCCUUCGGACUCAAAAACGCCGGGGCAACCUACCAGCGGAUGAUGAACAAGGUCUUCCGAGGGGAAAUCGGCGACACACUCGAGGUGUAUAUGGACGACAUGAUCGUCAAAUCUCGAGAAGACUCCGACCACACACUACAUCUCGAGCGGGUCUUCAAGCAGGCCAGGUCCUGCAGGAUGCGCUUCAAUCCGGAGAAGUGUACCUUCGGAGUACGGGCAGGCAAAUUCCUCGGUUUCUACUUAACAGAACGAGGAAUAGAAGCCAACCCUGAUAAGUGCCGAGCAUUCUCAGACCUCCCUACCCCCACCAAUAAAAAAUCCAUCCAAGUACUAAACGGAAUGCUCACAGCAUUGUCCCGCUUCGUCGCGAAAUCCGCCCAGCAUGCACUUCCAUUCUUUAAGCUUCUUCGGAAAGAAGCAGCUUUCGAGUGGUCCGAGGAAUGCGAACAAGCAUUAUCCCACCUCAAACAAGUGCUCUCCAAACCCCCGGUGCUAUCCCGACCAGACAGCAACGAGGUUCUCUAUCUCUACUUGGCCGUCUCUGGCGAGGCAGCCAGCGCGGCCCUGAUCCGAGAAACGGAAGACGGGCAGAAGCCAGUGUACUUCACUAGCAAAGCCUUACAAGGACCCGAGGUCCGCUAUCAACAGAUAGAAAAAAUCGCGCUGGCCCUAAUAACGGCCGCCAGAAGACUGAGGUACUACUUCCUUGCCCACACUAUCGUCGUCCGGACAGACCAACCGAUCAAACAGCUUCUCAGCCGACCAGACAUGGCCGGAAGGAUGCUGAAAUGGUCCCUCGAACUGUCCGAGUUCGACAUACAAUACGAGGGCAGGAAAGCGCUAAAAGCCCAAGCACUCGCCGAUUUCGUGGCCGAGAUGACGACGAUCUCCAACUCCCUAACACCCACCGUGAAUAAGUGGACCAUCUACGUAGACGGUGCCUCAAGCCACGCGGGCAGCGGAGCUGGGAUCAUCUUGGAGAACGACGAGGGACUCGUCAUCGAAGUAUCCUUAGUCCUCUCCUUCGCCACAUCGAACAACCAGGCCGAGUACGAAGCCCUCCUAGCGGGCCUACGCCUUGCAGAGGACGUAGGCGCUCGGGAAGUCAUGAUUUAUACCGAUUCACAACUGGUCGCGUCGCAAGUUAGCGGCGAUUACCAGGCCAAAAACGACACACUAGCCGAGUAUCUGUCGCUCGUCAAAGAAAAGAUGAAAGGGUUCGCGAAGGCAGACGUCGCACACAUCCCUCGGGAACACAACUCGAGGGCCGACCUCUUAUCCAAGCUCGCAAGCACGAGAAAGAAGGGAGGGAACAAGUCGGUGAUACAGGAAGUCUUGUCCGAUCCAAGCGUAGCCAAAAACGCGCCGGCCAUACAAGUGUUUGCCAUCGGAGACGACCAUUGCUGGAUGACUCCGGUAUACAAAUACCUCAUGAACGACGAACUCCCCGAUGAUCCGAAGGAAGCUUCAGCUAUUAAAAGGAGAGCCUGCUCGUACACAGUCAUUGAAAAUAAACUCUAUCGGCGCGGCUUCUCCAUUCCCCUUCUCAAAUGCAUCGACGACUCGCAGGCAAUGGAAGUACUGCAGGAGAUCCACGAAGGGAUUAACGGCCAGCAUCUCGGCGGCCGGUCGCUGGCAAGGAAAGCCCUCAGAGCCGGCUACUAUUGGCCGACCAUGCAGCAGGACGCCAAAGAGCACGUUCAAAAAUGCGACAAAUGUCAGCGGCAUGCCGACAUGCACCUAGCUCCCCCCACCGAGCUCAAAUCCCUCUCCUCUCCUUGGCCUUUUUCCACCUGGGGAAUGGACCUCCUCGGCCCUUUCCCGGUCGGCUCGUACCAGAAUAAAUAUCUCGUGGUCGCCGUCGAUUACUUCACGAAAUGGAUAGAAGCCGAGGCGCUUGCCAAGAUCACAUCUCAAAACGUGCUCCGUUUCUACAAACGAAACAUACUUGCCCGGUUCGGGGUCCCUCAGGCCAUAAUCACCGACAAUGGCACCCAGUUCACUGACAAAAAAUUCCAAGAGUUUGUGGCCAAGCUUGGCACGAAGCAACACUUCACCUCAGUCGAGCACCCUCAGACGAACGGGCAGGCCGAGGCGGCCAACCGAGUCAUCCUCCGAGGAUUAAAGAGAAGACUCGGCGAAGCCAAAAAAGCCUGGGUCGAGGAACUACAUAGUGUACUCUGGGCGUACAGGACGACGCCUCAUUCGAGCACAGGCGAAACUCCUUUCCGACUAACUUACGGCACCGAAGCCGUAAUUCCCGUAGAAAUCCGAGAGCCUUCUCGGCGCACCGAAUUCCCCCUCGAGGAAGAACUUAACGACGAGGCCAUGAGGGAAGAACUCGAUAUGGUAGAAGAGAUUCGAGCAGGGUCAGCCCUCCGAGAAGCUAAACUAAAACAGCAAAUAGCUCUUCGCCAUAACGCCAAAGUUAUAAAGCGCGAAUUUGAAAUCGGCGCCCUAGUACUUCGCAGAAACAUGAAAGACUCACGCGAAGGCAAGCUAGCCCCAAACUGGGAAGGCCCGUACCGAGUUUAUGACAAAACCGAGAACGGCGCCUACUACCUCGAGAAUCUUCUCGGUGAAAAACUUGCUCGACCCUGGAAUGCUGAAAAACUCAGACGUUAUUACAGUUAAACAUAAGCUAAAACGCCCGGCCCCCGACCAAACUCAGGUAACGGACGGGCACGGAGCCACGUCGUCGGUACGGACGUGAGUGUUCCACGACAGCAACGAUCGGUUCCUCUCGUCGGAUAGACGGACCGACCCCUCGGCGGAUUCUACACCUAGACCCCCCGUGGAAGUACCUGCAUGGCAGAACCCCAGCUCGCGAUGGGAUCGUUCACGCCGCGAACGCUUGGCCGCAACCGCGGUCUCGCGCUCGCUAAAAGCGCAUACCUGCUCUGCGCACCCGGCCCGUACUCAACACGCCCGGGCAAUCAAUCUAGGUCGAGCAUAGCCCACAAAACCAAUAAUAUCACAAGUAUACUGGUGACUCUCCGGCACGUCCGAGCAUAAGUCAUCGGUCACCUAGAACAACCGCAAAAUACUUUAAGUUCAGAGGAAAUACCUCGUCAUACAAGCACGGCAGGAAUGUUAUCGAAAAGAACAAACAUACAGUGAUAACGCCGAAAGUAAAAAUAAACAGAUAUAAGCAAGAAGAAUUGUAAGACAUUAAAAUUGCCGACCAACUUGGCCGGCGAUGUCAAAGGUUACAAUCAUUACCGGGCACGCAGGCCCCAAAAAUUAUCCGGGCAUAGCCCAACAAAAAGAAUGGCACGCAGGCCGAGAAAAACGGACACGCAGGCCCGGAACUACACUUUCUACUCUUCACUCCCCGGGGACUCGGGCACCAACACGCCAUCUACGAUCCUCGAAGAGAGCCCGACAUUAUCCUCCUUCAAACCAGGGUUCAGAAGCCUCAGCUGGUUAAGAGCACGCUCGAAACCGACGUCGGCCAUGUCGGCCAGGCUUAUCUUCAGGCUUUCUAUCUUCUCCGCAAACUCAGCCCUGGACUUCAGAGCUGCCACAUCCGGCGACUCGUCAGCCGAGGGAGCCCAUUCGAGUCGAAGGUCAGCCAGCUUCUUCUUCUCAGCCACGACCUCCGCAUCUUUCUGCUUCAGGGCCGCAUCGACCUUCUUCCUCAACUCCUUGCGCUCGACCUCCAUGGUCUUCACCUUGUCCUCGGCCACCUUCUUAGCCGCCUCGGCCUCCUUCAGGGCCUCGGUCGAGCCCGAACCUCCACUAGCCAACACUUGGGCCAUCUCCAAGACCCUCACCACGGCGGCACUGUCGCACGCCAACUGUUUCUGAAGAGACGGGGGAUCCAUAUCACUGAUCCGACGAGCUUCAUCCGGUGAGGUAGCCAAGGGGAACUUCUCAAAAUAGCCUCCAUCCUUGUAGCAAGAAGGCAACACGAAGGCGCGCCCGGGACCCAGGUUCGACUGAUCCGGACGUCCCCCCUCGGAAGCACGAGGUCUCUUGGGUAACCUCUCGUCGACAUGAAUCUUGUGAGGGGAGCCUGCCGAGCCUGAGUUCUCUCCAGCUCCGGUACCCUGGUUCCUCUUCUUCUGAUUCUUCCUCGCAUCCAAUGCUUGUUUCAGGAUAUUAUCCUCCUUCUCCGGCAUAGCCUCUGCAAAGAAAAAAUAAACGAGUUAGCAAAAUACCGGACAGAGAUCACAAAGCAAGGGGAAUAGACACAACCUAACAACGCCCAGGUCUCCUCGGGAGUCCGACAAGCUAGCAAAGCCUUGGUAUUAAUAGGCCGCUGCUCCGUGAUCGGCACCCCGUCCUCGUUCAGUAUGGGAUCUCCAUUCCUCGUCACCCAACGAGACAGGGUAAAGCUAUCUACAUAUUUGCAGAGGACCGAGUACGACUCCCGGUCUUGCUCAUCCAAGUCAUCGUCCUCCCAAGCGUAGUAUUUCGGAGGAGACGCAAAAUGACCCUUCCACCAGAAAAACGGAAACGUCGUGCAGAACUCCUUUACUUC